AUGUCCUCCGCCGCCGCCAGGAACGGGGCCGCGGACGGGCCGCCGUCGCCCUCCUCGCAGGUGGCCCGAGGCACCACGACCCGGAGGAGCAGGUUGAAAAGAUCCGAUGGCAGCACCACUUCCACCAGCUUCAUCCUCAGACAGGGUUCCGCGGAUUCCUACACAAGCAGGCCCUCGGACUCCGAUGUCUCCUUGGAGGAGGACCGGGAAGCGAUUCGGCAGGAGAGAGAGCAGCAGGCGGCCAUCCAGCUGGAGAGAGCAAAGACCAAGCCUGUAGCCUUUGCUGUGAAGACGAACGUGAGCUACUGUGGUGCCCUGGACGAGGAUGUGCCUGUCCCAAGCACGGCCAUCUCCUUCGACGCCAAGGACUUUCUACACAUUAAAGAGAAGUAUAACAAUGACUGGUGGAUAGGAAGGCUGGUGAAGGAAGGCUGUGAGAUUGGCUUCAUCCCAAGUCCACUCAGAUUGGAGAACAUCCGGAUUCAGCAAGAACAAAAAAGAGGACGUUUUCACGGAGGGAAGUCCAGUGGAAAUUCUUCUUCAAGUCUUGGAGAAAUGGUAUCAGGGACAUUUCGAGCAACACCCACAUCAGCAGCCAAACAGAAGCAAAAAGUGACGGAGCACAUUCCUCCCUACGACGUGGUGCCAUCCAUGCGCCCGGUGGUGUUAGUGGGGCCGUCACUGAAGGGUUAUGAGGUAACAGACAUGAUGCAGAAAGCCCUCUUUGAUUUCCUGAAGCACAGGUUUGAUGGGAGGAUAUCAAUAACGAGAGUGACAGCUGACAUUUCUCUUGCUAAGAGGUCUGUCCUAAAUAAUCCCAGCAAGAGAGCAAUAAUUGAACGUUCGAACACUCGGUCCAGCCUAGCGGAAGUACAAAGUGAAAUUGAAAGAAUCUUUGAGUUGGCAAGAUCUUUGCAACUGGUUGUUCUUGAUGCAGACACAAUCAAUCACCCAGCACAACUUAUAAAGACUUCUUUAGCACCAAUUAUUGUUCAUGUAAAAGUCUCUUCUCCAAAGGUUUUACAGCGGUUGAUUAAAUCUAGAGGGAAGUCCCAAAGUAAACACUUAAAUGUGCAACUGGUGGCAGCUGAUAAACUUGCACAGUGCCCUCCGGAAAUGUUUGAUGUUAUAUUGGAUGAAAAUCAGCUGGAGGAUGCGUGUGAACACCUGGGAGAGUACCUGGAGGCAUACUGGCGUGCUACCCACACAACCAGUAGUACCCCUAUGACCCCGCUGCUUGGAAGGAAUUUGGGUUCCACAGCACUCUCACCAUAUCCCACAGCAAUUUCUGGGUUACAGAGUCAGCGUGUGAGGCACAGCAACCACUCCACAGAGAACUCUCCCAUUGAAAGGCGAAGUCUAAUGACCUCUGAUGAAAACUAUCACAAUGAAAGGGCUCGGAAGAGCAGGAAUCGCUUGUCUUCCAGUUCCCAGCAUAGCCGAGAUCAUUAUCCUCUUGUGGAAGAAGAUUACCCUGACUCAUACCAGGACAGUUACAAACCCCAUAGGAACCGAGGAUCACCUGGGGGAUAUAGCCAUGACUCCCGACAUAGGCUUUGA